UUCUUGGACCUGCCGGAGCUUUGCGAUGGCUCGACAGAGGUAGCGUUCACCUGUAUGGUACAAGCCAGAAUUGAAGAUUUCGGAUUAUCUCAGGGAUUCAUUUAACUUUAUUUUUUUUUUUUCUGCGUGGAGAUUGUAGUGUUUAGUGGGGUUUUUUUUGUUAGUUUUUUUUAAUAUAUAUUUUUUUUAUUUUUGAGGGUUUUCCAACCUGCAUGGAGGGAUGUGGGCAUGGCUUGCACCAGGAGAACCAAAACUUUGGUGUCCACAUGCGUGAUCCUGAGCGGCAUGACCAACAUUGUGUGUCUGCUCUAUGUCGGCUGGGUGACUAAUUACAUCGCCAAUAUUUACAUCAAAGUGCCCGUGCCUUUCCCCGAGAGAAAGUUCGAGGAGGGGGACAAAAGAUCAGGAGACACUCUCCGGCUCAUGGAGAGACUUGAUCGCCUGGAGAAUGUGGUCAAUCAACACAUACAAGAGGCUCCGGGCCGAGGAGAGGAUGAGCAGGCCGACACGUCCUUCUCAGACUCGUCUCUCUUCGCUCACUGGGGUCAGGAGCUCAGCGCCGACAAUCGACGAGUGGCGCUCAAGAUGUUCCAGUACUACGGCUACAACAGCUACCUCAGUGACCGUCUCCCGUUAGACAGGCCAAUCGCAGAUCUCAGGCCUACUGGGUGCGGAAACAUCACUUAUCCUUUAAACCUCCCCCAAGUGAGCAUCGUGUUCAUUUUCGUGAAUGAAGCUUUAUCUGUCAUCCUGCGGUCCAUUCACUCCGCCAUUAGCAGAACGCCCUCCCAUCUUCUCAAGGAGAUCAUUCUGGUGGACGACAACAGCAAUAACGAAGAGCUAAAGGAGAAGCUGGAGGAUUUUGUGUCAGAGACCAACACCAAACGUCCGGGAUUCAUUAAGAUGGUGCGGCAUGCCAAGCAGGAAGGCCUGAUCCGGUCCAGGGUGAGCGGGUGGCGGGCCGCCAGUGCUCCAGUUGUUGCCCUCUUCGAUGCCCACGUGGAGUUCAACGUUGGCUGGGCUGAACCCAUUCUUCAGAGAAUUAAAGAGGACAAAACUCGCAUAAUCUCGCCUUCCUUUGAUAACAUCAAGUACGACACAUUUGAGAUUGAGGAGUAUCCGCUGUCUGCUCAGGGCUUCGACUGGGAGCUGUGGUGUCGCUACCUCAACCCCCCCAAAUCCUGGUGGCACAAGGGGAACAAAACUGCUCCUAUCCAGAGCCCCGCCCUGAUUGGCUGCUUUGUGGUGGACAGGCUGUACUUUGAGGAGAUAGGUCUGUUGGAUGAAGGCAUGGAGGUGUACGGGGGAGAGAACGUGGAGUUGGGCAUCAGGGUGUGGCAGUGUGGCGGCAGCGUGGAGGUCCUACCUUGUGCCCGCAUUGCCCACAUCGAGCGUGCUCAUAAACCUUACACGGAGGACCUGACGUCUCACGUGCGACGCAAUGCCCUCAGAGUUGCAGAGGUCUGGAUGGAUGAGUUUAAGAGUCAUGUUUACAUGGCCUGGAACAUUCCUCAGGAGGACUCUGGCAUUGACAUCGGCGACAUCUCAGAAAGGAAGGCUCUGAGGAAGAGGCUGCAGUGUAAAACCUUCAGAUGGUACCUGGUCAACAUCUACCCUGAGAUGAGGAUGUACAGCGAAACCAUUGCAUAUGGAGUACUGAAAAACUCUCUGAAGAGCGACGUGUGUCUGGAUCAGGGGCCUGACAAUGACAACGUUCCCAUCGUGUACCUCUGUCACGGAAUGACACCGCAGAAUGUGUACUAUACCAGUACUCAUCACCUCCUGCUCGGCCUCCUCAGUCCCACUGUUGACGAUGACGACAACAAGUGCCUGGUGGACGUGAACAGCAGACCACGCCUCAUCGAGUGUAGCUACGCCACAGCCAAACGCAUGAAACUACACUGGCUCUUCACUCAGGGAGGAGCCAUUCAGAACAGGAAAUCAAGGAGAUGCCUGGAGCUCGUAGCAAACAGUGACAAUGAGUUUGGUUACCAACUGGCUCUGCAGAAAUGCACUGGACAGAAAUGGUCCAUCACAAACGUGUUGUAUAGCAAUUCCCCAUGAGCAAACCUGACUUACGGACUGACUGCCUGCAUACGGAGUUUGUGUCUGUAUCUGUGUGAGUGUCAUUCUGUGUUCCAGACAGCUGGGACGUAGGAACUAUCCCGCUAGUAAAUUCCGACAUCCGACAUCAAUGCGUUCCAAAUAAUCGACAAAAAAUUACAAAAUAAACAAAAAUCGUUGUCCACCAACCUCAAUAAGUGCAUGAUUACCAUUAAGAGCCACAACCUCCAAAACAAACAAUCCAUGACUGGUUGAAUUUGAAAUAGUUUGAAUUUAAAAUAAAGAAAUUACUAGAGGAAAUAAUGGACUUCGAAAUUAAUUUAGGGUCAUACUGAGAAAGAGAUUUUCCUCUGUGAACUGGCCAAACUUUGUAUGUAUUCCAACUUUAAGCGGUGUUCCAAUGCAUUUUUCUUCGAAGGUGAAAAAAAUCGGACUUCACAGUUUUUGGGAACCCAGCAAAAAAAAACACUAAAUGGGAGUGGGAAAAGGAUACAUUUUCAUUCAGUAGGUGUACCAUGAUGUCUUUUUAUCGAAUGUUAAAACAUUUAAAUAUGCCCAAGGAGAGAUGAACCGCUGAUAUUUCAACCGAUAUUUUUAUGACAUGUUAGAAUACUUUGUAUAUUUUAUGAUAAAAGCAGGACAGUCAUAUUUUCAUGGACUGAAAAAAGUUAGCGGGUUCAAAAAUGUCUUGAGGCUUUUUUUUAUGGCUACCAUGUGGCAAUCUUUCUACUGUAAGUAAUUUAUUUCAUGGUCUCAGGUUUAUUUUGUGAAUUAGCUGUAUAGCCGAUGGAACAAACAAAAAUGUUUUUAUUAUUUUCUGAUUGUUAAUAACCUUAAUAUUUGUAAUAUAUAAAGUGAAUAUUUUUUUUUUUUUAAGUUUAAACCAUUAGCUGCAUGUGCCUUUUUAACAAAGACAAGAAUCUUCUGCUGUAUCAGCUCAAUUUCCUUCAACUAUUUAAAAUACAAUACACACACCAAAAGCCGCAAAAGUACAGUCAUUAAGGAUAAUAGCUUUUGCGAGACAAUGACUAGAAUCUACCACUUUUUGGGAAGUGCCAACCUUUUAGAGCUACAAAGGAAAACCGAGAAAUGAAAUUCUUGAUGAAAACUGCUCCUUUGUACAGUGAAAAGGAAAUGUGAAAUUGCCGUUCAGAUAAUAAAGUGCUUCUUGCUUCUCA